UGUUAGAAUCUCUGUUAUAAAAAACUAUAUAAACUAACUUCACAACUUUCCCUUGCACUGAUAUAGCAAGAUAUUUUCUUUUUGCUGUGUAAAUGCAUAUAUAAUUCAUAUUCUUAUUUAUAUACUUCAUAUUCUUAAUCUAAAACAAGACAAUAAAUGUAGGGGGGAAAUGAGGGUUAAAUAUGCAUUCCUCCAAUGAUUCAAAUAUGAAUACCUUAUUUAAUUCUUAUUUUUACUAUGUGUGUGUAUUUUGUAUGUAAAUAUCAAUGCACUUUAUGAUUUUAAACAGCAGCUUGUGAAUAGGACUUUUAUUUUAGUCUGAGGGUGUGACAUCAUAAGUCUGCGCCCCGAGCCCGCAUCUAUUGUGAAUUGGCUGAAGAAAGUUUCCAAAUACACAGAAAAACUCCUGCAGUGACUGAGAUCCAUGUGACACACUAUUAUGAAGAUGGCGUUUAUUAAAGUGGAGAGUGAAGACAUGCAGAUUGAAGAAACAGUCAGAGUGAAACAAGAAGAAACCGAGGAACCAACAAAUAUUGCAUUUAUUAAAGAAGAAAGUGAAGACGUGACGAUUGAACAAGUAAUCAGAGUGAAACAAGAAGAUGAUGAGGAACAAACAUAUGUGUCGUUUAUUAAAGAGGAGAGCGAAAACAUCAUGAUUGAAGAAACAUUCAGUCUGAAACAAGAAGAGAAUCAGGAACAAACAAAUGUGGCGUUUAUUAAAGAGGAGAGUGAAAACAUCAGGACUGAAGAAGCAUUCAGAGUGAACCAUGAAGAUACUGAGAAACAAACAGUUUUGCCAUACCAGUUCGAGCCCGAGUCGGAUCCUGAAAAUGCAGAUGAACAAGGUGAUCAGUCAGAACAUCCUUUGCAAGCGCGACUUCAGCAGGACGUUUCACAGUGGUGCAGAUGUGAAAACUGUAAUAAAAUGCCCAGCGAAGUUGAAAAUGUCUGCUGCAUGGAAAUACCGAAGGUUGGAAGACGAAUGAAUCAGGUUUCAGGGCCUCUGAAAUGCAUUAUACACCACCCAGGCUUUGAACCGAACUGUUUGAAUCCUUACACCCUGCAGAACAUUUUGAAUAUUUACAAAGCUGAUUAUGGACCUUUGAGGCGUAAAACAGAAGCUGCACGGUACCGUUAUCUUGCCCAUCGAAGCUUUGUCAGCUGGUGCUGGGGCUAUUUAGCACGAAAUAUUAGAGUUGUUCUCCCGUCCUGUGUUGUGCUCCGGAUUCAGCAGGAGUUUCCUGAUGCAGAUGGACAGUUUGUUGGAUUUCGACCGCCCCUUGACUGAAGCGUGAGACGUGGUGGACAAUAACUUCCUCCUUUUGAAUGUUUUUUUCAAACUAAGAGGACAGGAAUGUGGGAAUGGGGAUUUCUUUUUGCUCUUCUUUAAAGACGAGCUUCAUCACGUAAUUUACAUAAUCUGUAAAACAUUGCAUACAGUAGGAAAUUCUGUUAUAUUCAUUAAAUUUAAUACAACCUCUUUAGAACAUCUCAAUGUGUCACUGUGUAAAGUGUAUUUGUAGAGGUAUUUAAAUAUAUAAAAUAAAUAUAUUUUAUAACA